AUGAUUCACAAACAAUCCCUUGUGCUUCUGCUUUUUAAAGUGAGUGAAAAUUUGCUUCGUAGCAGACAGACAAUGGAAAAAAUAUAUUUAAACUUUACCGUUAGUCUUGCAAAACGGCAUUCAUUUCACAUUCAUCUACAUACAUACAUCAUGUUCAAAGCAAAGUUUGCAUCACAGCAUAAAUUGCAGUUAACACAUACAGUUUAA